CGGGCUCAGAGGUGUCAAAAGAAGCGUACGCAUCGCAGUUUCGACGUUCGUUGUUUGAUUGAAAAUUGUGCUAGAAGUGAACACCUUAUCGCUUUUGUGGCAGUGAACAUAUAAACACAGUGCACGGAUUUUCCAUCAAGCCGUCGGCCUCGUUAUUCAUCGCGUACGACCGAAGGGUGUAUCACAAAGUGUUAAAAAUGGCUGAAAAUUCUUCAACAAUGAAAGCUGAGUACAGCCUUCAGACCACGAUUUGCAGCGGCGGGCUCGACGGACGUGUUCACCCAGAAAUAUUGCCACCAUUUCCACAUUUUGGAGCUAAUAAACUUGUUAAUUUUUUGCUAUUUCGUUCGGGUGGUAAUUGUCUUUACUGCCCUGCGCCCGUCUGCCUGGCUGCCUGCGUUGCUCUCAUGGUAAACACAAAUGAGGAAAGGCGUCUCCUUGGUCUUGGUUUUGAUUUGCGUACUUCAAACAUAAAAAAAACACUAUUUUAAUAUUACUGUUGACCUAGCCAGCCGUGCACCGAAACGCUAGCGCGUUGUUUCCGUCGCGCGCUUUGAAGCUUUGUUUCACGAUCCUUCGAUACUCGACAUCGGAGUGGCAGAAAUGGAACUGAACUUCUCGUCGUCCCCGAUUAUGAUAUGCCGUGUUUUAUUUUUCUUCUGCAUGGUCUCUCUGUGCCUGUUCUGUUUUCAGACAACAAGAAAAAGUUGAACGUUGGCAAUCUGCCAAACGAUGUCACCGAGGAGGAACUGCGGGAGCAUUUUACGGACCAUCCGGUUGAAAGUGUGGAAAUUUUCCACUACAAAACCUACACCUUAGCCCUGUUGCUCUUCAAAGAUAAGGAGACGGCAACGAAGGCUCUCAAGGAGAAAGAAAACUCUGUCUUCCGCGGACGUCGGCUGCGUAUGCACCUUGAGUACAUCGUCAUUUGUCACAUGAAGAAGGAUGUCUUCGUGUAUGUUGUUGACAAUGAGAAUGUUACCGAGGAAGAUGUUUACGAGAAGUUCAAAGAUCUGGCCAAGCUUCAGUCGGUGGUUUUGUUCCAUCCGCUUGCCUACGUGACUUGCACCAGUCCGGAGGACAAGGAGGAAGCGGCGAAGAAGAUCGCCGAGGCCGGCAUUAACGUGUUCGAAUGUAACGGGCACGAUCAGAAUCAGCACAUUGACGUGCUGCGGGCUGCCAAGUUGUUCUUCCGCAAUUUGAACCGCGUCCAGAUGUACAACAUUCCCGAGAGCUGGGUCACCUCCCAGGACGAUUUGAAGAAGGCCGUUGAGGGCACUGGUACCGUGACGGAGGUGCGCGUCACGACCGGAAAUUUUGGGCCGGCCGCGCAGGUUUUCUACGAGACGGCCGAUGAGGCGAAAGUCGCUGCUGAGAAAUUGAACCAGCAGCUUUUCGAGGGCAAGCGCAUCCACGCGCACCACGUGAUUGCGACGAUGCUACCGAACUACCGGACGAGCGUGUACAUCGAGCAGCUGGACAAGUCCGUCACCGAGGAAAUGCUGUACGAUCAUUUCCGACAGUACGGCGAGAUCGACUUUGUCAAUCGGCGUAAGUUUGGUGACGACCACGGGCUCGUCUGCUUCAAGGAAGCCAGUGCCGUCGAGCGGGCCCUCGAGUGCACCGUUUUGCCGCUACCGAAGAAAGAAACCGAAAGCACCGAGUCGUCGGCCCCGGUCGAAACUGAGAAGACGAUUGUCGUGAAGAAGUACGAUGGUCCUUUGGUACUGGACAUCAAGUUGCCCCAAAUCAAGAAGGGGGUUACGACCGAAGAAACCGAAGAGCAAAAACAGCGCCCGCCGCCGACACCACUCGCCAAGCUGUGGCCCAUUUACGUCGCCAACUUGCCGUACAAGGCGGACAAGCGUGAGAUCAAGCAGUACUUUUCCAGCUAUGGUGGCCACAUUAAGUUCAUCUUCUCGCCCAACAUCCCAACGUACAAGCAGAGCCAAACAUCGAUGGUGAUGGCUGCGUUGAUCUACUUCGCUCGCCGUGAGCAAGCAAACGAAGCCAUUAAGGCGUUUAACGGAAAACAUUUCCAGAGCAAGUGUCUUCACGUGUUCCCCGGUCGCAAGGACACUUACUUUGACACCGAGAAGUCAAUCAAGGUGGUGCGCCUGAACAUUGCCGUCACCGAGGAGAAGCUAUUCGAAAAGUUCCGCAAGUUCGGUUUUAUCGAGUGCGUGGUGAAGAAGGAUCGCACAACAGCAUACAUUGAGUUCCGAGACAAAGAGAUCACUGAAAAAGUACUGAAACUGGACGAAAAGCAGCGUCCAGUGCGCUGCAACGUCGAGCCGGUUACGGGCAAAAUCAACAAAAAGAUCUUUAAGGAAAACGAUGAGAAAAUUUCCCUCGCCAUGCAGGAAAUCAUCGACAAGAACCCAGCCGUGCUGGAGAACGUUUCGUCCGAUCGGUCGAGUGGACCGCCACCGCUGAAGCGCGGCCGUUUCAGCGGACCAGCCAACUUUGGCAUGCAAGGUCCACGCAAUCAGUUCAACCCGAACAAUGCGGGCGACUUCAGCAACCCACAAGUCAUCCAGGAUCUGCUCCGGUUGGCGUUCAUCUCGGGCAAGAAUCUCGGCGAAGGGUUGGCCAUCAGUGGCAACAGUAACCCGUUUAACAGUGGCGAUCCUCCGCUAGCCAGCCUGAACAACGGUUUCGGUUCCGGUGGCAAUCGGAACAACUUUAACAACUCAAACAGCGGAAACUUUGGUGGCUCCUCCAACAACGGCGGUGGAGGUAACAUGGGCGGUGGUAACCGGGGCGGUAAUAUGGGCGGUGUCAAUCGCAACUUUGGUCAGAACAUCGGCGGUGGUGGCGGCAUUGGCGGUGGCGGCUUCCGCAACAACUUGGGUGGUAAUUUCGGUGGCAAGCGGUUCAACGGCUCACAACAGACGAAUCGCAUGGGACAAAAUAAUCGCCAGGGUGGUGGGGGCGGUGGCGGUGGCAACAACCAGAACCGGCGGUUCUAAAGGUAGUUGUUUUGCAACCACCACCAUACAACAUAACAACAAAAACGACACGACAGACACGCGCGUCACUACUAGUCGCAGAAGGAAGCUGCUGCCAGACGCGCACACCGUACUAAUCGACGUGACAAGACCCCCCUCGACAUUGACGUAAUUUUCUUUCUUUUUUCUGCACGUGAGGAACGUUCGCGGCCGGAUGUGCACGUACAAUGCAACCCUUUUUGCGCCUUUCUGCAGUAGUCAGUUGCCUACUAGACCACCGCAUCUUGCCUACAUAAAGAUCGGGCGAAGGCUAGUCGCGGAUGCUCGGUUCGUCAAGUGAAGACGCUAAUAGUAGCACAACGCAACCUCAUGCGGUGGGUUUUUAGAUGUGCUGUCAUUUUGGGGAGCUGCAGUAUCUAGAGUUGAUAUUUGGCAGCCAUCGCCAAGCAGUAAUGUUUCGAUGAAGACGAAGGUUAGGGUCUGAUAUUCGAAUAACGAAUGGAGCAGCAACAGCUAUGUACUGUCUGGAGUUACUGUAGGUGCGGCGUUGCUAGUAGGCCACUUUAUACAGUAGGUAAGGGAGCUGCCCUGAAUGUUGCUGAUGUUCGAUUUUAGACUCCAUGCAAUUUGUCCAUUAUCAAUGCAAAUUGUAUACAGACGGUUUUCGUAACUUUUAGGCUAACUUUUUUAUAAUCAUGGUUGAUUUAACACAUCAUUUUAGGUAAUUACUAUUACUUACCGCAAAAAAGUGGUAUUUGGAGAGGCGCGCUGUUCGUGGAAACGAAUGUUUCAUAUUCUUUAACGUUAAGCUUCUUUUAUACCUCUUUAUCCUCGUUUAUUCAGCAAUUGUGGCGCGAAAGAACAAACGAACGGGCUCCAUUCGCGUUUUUUGUCAUCCUUUUUUUUGCGUAGAAUUUCAAUCGACAAAAUAGCGUAUAUGAAGUCGACAAGAAUGAUUAUAUACUUUUUCUUUGUAUACAUUUUUGCUGAAAUAUACAGCCCACAACGUUUUAACAAGAAACAGCACCAUGCAUUUGGCCCGUUGGUCGAAUUGAUCCCAAAUCUUUCGCUUCUAACCCCAAAAGUGUAUGCCUAUAGCGUGGCAACCGUUUCAACAAUUGUAUGUGUCUCUUGUAUCCGUGCAACUUAGGUACAAUUGCAAGCCGUUUUCAAAUACUGAGAGCCGUUCAGAAUGUAUACGGUAUAACACAAGCUCUGGUAACAAAUAAUGCGUACAAUAAUUUUUUUCAAGAGUUUUACCAGCCCAAGGCAUAAUAACUACGUGCAUUACGGUAUGGGAAACAAGUGUAAAGCGAUCUUCGUAAAGCAACAAGUGUCACGCGAGAGUAUUGGAGCGGAGCGAAGGACUUUUUCUGUUUUUAGGGUAAUAGAAGAUUUUUCGAAAGUUGUGGGCACCAGGCGAUGAAAAUUACGUUCGAUUAGAAGCCAUUCGGUUCUCACCUAUAUCUACUUAUCCCCUACUUGAUAGAAUGUAAUACGCAACGAACGCUGAAGUUGAAUGUAAGCUACUAAUAAUCGUGUGCAGUAUAGUGAACCACGUCACGUUACGUGGAGGAUCGUUUUGGAUCAUCAUCUAUGGAGGAGUGCGAUCACCGCGGAGAACCGUUGUUCCGGGUUUCUGCGCGGACACAGCGUAGAAUGCGUUGUUUGUUUUCGUAAUUUCUCGAUCGAUCUUAGAUCAUCCACAAUUUAAAAAAUCAUUCAAGAGCUGCACUCAGCGACAAAACAUUAUAACCCGUAGCAUUGCAGCAGCAGUAACGAGCGAAUAGCGUAAUAACAUAUUGAUAUAGACGUGUUUUUAAUGGGGCAUUACACGAGACACUAGGUGGGACACUAGUUUUUUGCUGUAGUUUGUUCGAAGCGAAGACUACAAAUCAUUGAACAUAACCAGAGACAAGACAUAACUGAAUGUUGAUAUGAUUAAAUCUAAUUGUAUCCAUCGUUUCCAUCAACCAGUGGCGCGCAAUGAAGCCUACACCUUUCGCUCUUACCCUUACAGGAGGGAGCACACACUCCAGUGAAACGUUGUUGGCCCAUAUUUUCUGUGCCACUGUGAUUGCCUUCCUUGACGGAUACGCAAUGCGCCAAACUUGAAAGGGAAACCUUUUCGUGGUGGCAUAAAGGAUACCAGAAACACACUGACGACCGACCCUCCGACAUACGUUCUGACGAAUGACUACUAAUUUUUGUAAUCGAUUCCUUUCUUCCCGAAACGGAUCUUUACGCGUUUGUCCGACACAGACAUUGGCAAACCGCAACCAAACACAGGACAAACGAACAACCCCCAAAAACUCUUCUAACUUGUAACGUAUAAUUAUAGUCUAUUACAUUUAGUGUGAACGUAAUUGAUAAAUUGUAACUAAAGUUGACGAAAGUAUAAGGAACCGAAUGCGGUGCAGAGUUUUGGCGAAGCAAUGUUGUGUUGCGAUGCUAAAAGUGCAAACCUUUCGAGUGAAAAAUGGUAUUAAAACAUACAAAUAAUGGAGAAAAAAAUAGCAAAACAAUAAAAACUAUGGUAA